AUGGGAGCAGAAGUAGCGGAAACACAGUCACUGAACGAGGCUGCGUUGCGGGAAGAAUCAGAAGCGCAGCCAGGAGCCUUUGAGUCGACUCACAUGGCGUGUGCGGCAGCUGCGGGUGCGAGUGGCCCUGCAGCAGCAGAGGCUUUGAGUACUGGUGCGAGUGGCCGUGCAGCAGGCAGUGCAUUGGGCAGUGCACUGCAGAAUUGCUUGCCAGGGGCAGAUGUGGUGGGGGCUGGGAGGGGUGGUGGUGGAUCGGGUGGUGAGGAGGAGGGGCUUGGAGUGGGAGAAGAGAAGACGGUAUGUGUCGGUGGUGGUGUUGGUGUUGCUCUUGUGGAGCAGAACUGUCUGCCAGGGGUUGAGAGUAAAAAAGGGAGCAAGGGGAAGCGGAAGGGGGUGGGGAAAGUGAAGGAGGGAGGGAAGGUUGAAGCGCGUUGUAAAGGGGCUAAAGCAAAGGCAGGAGGCAAGGCAAAAGCAGGAGGAGGGUUAAGCGGGGCAGGGCUGGAGAAGGGAGGUGCAAACCCCAAAGAUAAGUCCAAGUCUGUAAAAACUGCCAAGGCUGCAGGUUCGGCCAAGGCUUCAGGUACGGCCAAGGCUGUAGGUACGGCCAAGGCUCAGAGGAAGCGUGAUGAAGCAGGGGGGCAAGCAGGUGGGGCAGGGAAGAAGGCGAAGGGGGCGGGAGGAAAGAGGAAGGGGAUUGCGGCUGUGAUGCAUGAGGGUGGUGGGAGUGAGGGUGGUGUUUCUGGGUCAGGUGCAGGUGGUCUGGUAGUUGGGAUCCUAUCUGUUCCGCCCCCUCUUCCCCUUGUGCCGCCUUCUCCUCCUCCCCACCCUCCCUCCACUCCUCCCCCUCCCCCGCUCCCUUCUCCCCCAUCCCCCCCGCCUCCUCCCCUCCCCCCGCCCCCGCCCCUGCCCAAGCCCUGUUUCGACUUCCUCCUCCCCAGCAGCAGCAUUGGGGAUUUGAUUGCAGUCUGGGACUUCUGCUGCCGCUUCUCCCCCGCCCUCCGCCUCUCGCCCUUCUCCCUCUCGUCCCUGGAGCUUUCCCUGGCUUUUGAGGGGGAGGAUGGGGGCGGGGGGAGGCGCGGAAUGGGGGGAGGACUGGCGGGGAGAGAGGGCGCGAGGAGAUUUGUGAAGGGAGAAGCUGAGGGAUUGGAGUGCGAGCGGCGGGAUGGGCAUGGGGAAGUACAGGGGGGAGAGCAGGGGGGAGAGCAGGGGGGAAGCCAGGUGGAAGAGCAGGGGGGAGAGCGUGGGGGAGAGCAGGGGGGAAGCAAGGGGGAAGAGCAGGGGGGAGAGCAGGGGGGAGAGCAGGGGGGGGAAGCAAGGGGGGCAGCAAGAGGACGAGCAAAGGGAGAAGCAUGGAGAGGAGCAAAGGGAGAAGCAGGGGGGAGAGAAGGGGGCAGUGCAGGGGGAGGAGAAAUGGCGACAGCAUAUGGAAGGGCAGGAAACGGGGGGAGGGGAUGGGUGCCGGAAAGGGGGGAGGAUGGAAGAGGAGGAAUUGGACGAACAUGCAUUGAAAGAGGGGAUUUUGGAAGACGAAAAAUUGGAUGUGGGGAAGUUGGAAGAGGGAAAGGUGUCGCCCCACACGUGGCUGGAGGACGUGUCAGCAUGGGCCAACACCCCUUCAGUGCGCUCCAGACUGCAUUCCGAGACAUCUCAGAGCUGUUUCAAGAAUCCUAUCAGUCUUCUUUUGCAGAUCCUCCUGCUAUGGGUGAACCAUCCUCUAGUGGUGAUGGUGGUAGUGCUACUACUGAACGUGCUGAGAUUGAGUCAUCAGGGGCUUGUGACGGUGGGGCUGCUGCUGCUGCUGCUGCUGCUGGUAGUGCCGUUGCUGAUUGUCCUAUGGAUGAACCAUCUGAAUCCUUAUCGCUCCCCUCAUUGGCUGCUGGCAGGGGCAGGAAACGGGGGCUAUCCUGGCCCACCAGUGGCAGGAGGACACGUGGCACUUGCAGAAGACAGUCUGUAGGAGGGCUGUCCGAUGAUGUGAGGGAGGGGGAAGGGGAGGAGAGAAGGGAGGAGGGGAGGGAGGAGGGGAAGGAGGAGGGGAAGGAGGAGGGAAGGGAGGAGGGGAGAGAGGAGGAGGCGAGGGAAGAGGGGAGUGAGGAGGGAAAAAGGGAGGGCGGAGGAGGGGAUGGAGGGAUGGGUAUGCGUACCAGGGGAAGGAAACGAGGAAGGAGUGGAGGAAAGGCUGGUAUUGGGAGUGAGGGUGGGAGUGAGGAGGGAGAGAGGAAGGAGGGAGAGGGGGAUGAGGGAGAGAGGCUAGAGUGGGAGCGGCAGUGGGAGGAGAAGGAGAGGAGGUGGAAGCGAGAGGAGGAGGAGGAGGCGGCUGAGAGGCAGCAGCUGCAGAAGAAGGACCUUGACAGAGAGAGGGCACUGGCCCAAGCCGUGCCUGUGUCUAUCCUACCCCUUCUCCCCCCCCCUCAACUCAUCACAUGCCCCGCUAUCCCCACUCCCCAUGCCCGCACCAGUGUCGGGACCCGGACAGAGAGGCAGAGAAGGCAUUGGUUCGAGCGGUGCCAGUGGGGUGGUGAUCCGUGCAUCAUCAUGCCCCUCUCUGCUCCGCUGCCCGUCCCCUCCCUUUCAACCACCAGUGUCGGGACCUGGAUAAAGAAGCAGAGAAGGCAUAAUCUAGAGAUCUGCCGAGAAGCAGAGAAGGCAUCGGCUCGAGCAGUGCCGGUGGGGUGCGACCGGGAGGGCAGGCAGUAUUGGUGGUUUGGGCGGGAGGCAAGAUUGUUUGUGCAGGUGGAGGGGGGGAGGCGAUGGGGAUACUACAGCAGUGUUGAUGAGUUUGAUGCGCUGCUGUGCUCUCUGGACCCUCGCUUUCCGUGUGAACGGAACCUGCACGCCCACCUUACCACACAGCAGGACUGCAUAAGAUCUGCCCUCCUCUCAGGAGCCAGGGCUCUGGCUCGCCAGCUUGCAGCAGCUGCUUCCUUCUCCUCCUCCCCGCCCCCCUCCGUUUCCACUGCUGGGGAAGGAGUCGCCUUCAAGUGCAGACAAGAGGGAAUCUUCUGCUCUGGGUGUGUGGACGAGGGGGGAUUCACCUUGCAGCACGUGCAGGGGCAGCAGCAGGCGGGCGGCAUGGAGGAAGAGGCGGGAGGCGGGCAAGCGGUGGUUGGUGCGGAAAUGGGCGUUGGUGCGGCCCUUGCCGUGCACUGA